CUCUGCUUGUUUGAAUUACUCUCUUUACCUAGUCUACUAUAGGACCAGGAGAGGAUAAAGACCAAAACACAAAAGGAAUUCUAUUCCUACAAGGAAACAAAUCACUAAAUAUGAACAAGGAAACAAAUCAAGAGCAAUCCCACUUAGAAUGGGAUUUGCUCUCCUUCUUGCCGUGUGGUCCAAGGAGCACCGCCCAACACCCCCCCUCAAGCUGGAGCAUGCGGAUUCUGGAUGCCCAGUUUGGACAGCAAAUGGGAAAAUGGAGCGGAAGCCAAAGCCUUUGUAAAGAGAUCUGCCGGUUGUUCAUUGGUGGAGAUGUGGCGAGUACACAAAANUCUUCAUCAUCGUACUCAUCAUGGCCUAAAAAUUGUUGGGGUCCAAGGGAGGCCUAGUGCCGGAUGUUUUGUCAAACUGAAGAAUGGUGAGCUGAUGUCACCAAGCAAUCUCAUCCCCCAGGUGCGGACAAUUUCAUUGGGUCUCUGAGUUGAGCUGGGAAUGGAAACCCUGGCCCGAUGGUUGGUGCUUGCCUCAUGGGGAUCUUGAGACCUUCUCCGUCCGUGGUUCGUCGUUGCGAGAUGCGGUUGCGGAAAUUAACGGUGGUAGGGUUG